UGGAAUUGCUUUGAUUGUCUCAGGCAUUCGGAUUGACAUCUCAUCUUUGGCAUUCGAUUCAACAAGUCCACUUCGCAAAACUGAGAAAGUAAGCACAAAUCUUACCCUAUUAAAAUGGCCGAAAUCUGAAGCACAUAACAACUUGUACCAUUCAUUUUUGAAGCCCUUUUAUAUUUACUUUAUUUUUCUUUUCUGGUGCAGUUGUUGUUCUCUUUAGAUGAUCUCAAAGCAGCUCUACGGAGAAGGGGUCCCGAUAGCUUGGGCGCCAAGAAGGUUCUUCUGCAAUUCAACGUAUCAGGUGAAAACCGAAUCUCAUCCUUCACGGAAGACGAUGAUGACGUGUCAUGUUCCGGAAACAAAGACAUCGACGGAGAAUGCCACCAUUUUGCGAUUCGAACCGCGGAACUUCAUUUCGUCGGUGCAACUCUGCAGCUCCGGGGAACUAAACCGCUUGUUCAGCCACUGGCGGAUGAUUCUGGAAAUGUUCUUGUGUAUAAUGACUUUAGGAAAGUGUUGCUCCUGUGGUUCUUGUUCAACUGAUCACUGUGUUAUAGGUGGGAAAAGUUCUGUUCCAGAUGUUCUUUCUACAAUUCAAGGACCCUGGGCUAUCAUCUAUUGGCAGGAUACUUCACGAACCCUUUGGUUUGGCCGAGAUGCAUUUGGAAGACGGAGCCUCCUUGUUCACUGGCCUACCGAAGAUGACUCAACCUUUCUGCUUUCUUCUGUAUCACCUGUUUCUCCAGUUCAGCAGGCCUCUGAGUAUGAAGCUCAUAAUGGAAUAGGAUGUCUUAGUUACUGGGAAGAGCUACCAUGUGGAAUAUAUAGUGUGCAUGUGGAUGCUUCAGAUUCAUGUGGAUAUCUGGUUGGUGAAAUCAAGCUACAUGAAUAUAAAAACUCAAUGUUAAAUGAACUUAUCAAGUGGGAGAGAGUUUCUGUUGAACCAAGCUCUGAAGACCUGCAGACAUCUUGUCAUAAGAGUUCUAGGUGGAAACAUGAUAGGCAUCUGACUUCUUUUGAGGCAGUUUCGAGUGAAACAGGAUCAAUUCAACAUGCAAUUCCAUGGCCAGCUCAUAUUUUGCUAAAUGCUUUAAAGGAAUCUGUGUUACGGCGUACUUCAUUGUAUACUAUUUAUCAGGCAGUGGUAUCUGGUAUCAGACAAGAGAAAUUUGUUCCUGUGGCAAUUCUUUUCUCUGGUGGCCUGGACUCUAUGAUACUUGCAGCAUUAUUGGAUAAAUGCCUGGAUCCCAGCUAUGAAAUUGAUUUGCUUAAUGUAAGUUUUGAUGGCCAGUUAGCUCCUGAUAGAAAAUCUGCCAAGGCAGGGUUGAUAGAGCUAAGAAGAGUUGCACCUUUCAGGAGGUGGAGACUUGUGGAGAUUGAUGCUGACUUAUCAGACCUGGUGUUUGAAACUAGUCAUGUUAUGUCACUCAUAAAUCCUGCCAACACCUACAUGGACCUUAAUAUUGGAAUUGCUUUAUGGCUUGCUUCUGGCGGUAAGGGAUGGGUGUCUGAUGCAAAUACAUCUGAUAAUGAUGAUAAUCAAGCACGGAUGCAGUACAAGUCCAAUGCAAAGAUUCUCCUGGUUGGUUCUGGUGCUGAUGAACAGUGUGCUGGGUACGGGAGACAUAGAACAAGUUAUCGACGAGGAAGUUGGCUGGGGUUACAUGAGGAAAUGAGACUUGACUUUCAAAGGAUUUGGAAAAGAAAUUUAGGGAGAGAUGAUAGAUCUAUUGCUGAUAAUGGAAAGGAGGCUAGAUUUCCGUUCUUGGAUGAGGAUGUUGUAAGGGUUUUACUCAACAUUCCAUUGUGGGAGGUAGCCAACCUUGAUCAACCUAGUGGCAUUGGUGAUAAGAAGAUUUUAAGAGAGGUCGCAGAAUUGCUUGGUUUACAUGAAGCAGCAGUUUUGCCGAAACGAGCAAUCCAGUUUGGUUCUAGAAUCGCAAGGGAAUCAAAUCGGAAGAAUUUUGGAAGCAAUCGAGCAGCAAAUCAGGCGUCUGCUGGCAGUGUAAGGAUUUUGUAGGAAAUCCAGUUUUGGUUGAUUCUUCAUUUCUGGCGCGUAGGACACUUUCUCUUUUCUAAUCCAGAUCAUUAAUAGACUUGGUUUGAAAAUUUGUCUGCAUAUAUAUUCGAUAAUCAAACUCGAAUGCUUCUUGGAUCUACUUGACAUGAUAUGCCUGGGGGGUACUUUUAUAAGACAUCUAUUCUCUGAAUAUCAGUUAAAGAAGAUUCAGCUCCCAGAGGUCUCCUUAACGCUACAACUUCUGCCAACUCGACAUCUCAAACGUGUAAAAGGUUAAUUGUCUAUAAAAGGUUAUAUUUUGUGAACAAUGUAAUUGUCAUAUUUACUCAUGUUUUGGGAAGCAAAGACACUUGUUAUUUUACUUUGGUGAUGGAAGUCGAGAAAGGUUGGUUGUAGCUCUUCUAAGCAAAAACGGGGUGAAUU